GUUUUUGGACGACUCCGUCACACGCAAUGCCGCUGCUCGGGAAGGCCAGAGCUCUGAGCGACAUCAUAAAGCUCUUUUGCGCACUUCCUGACUUACUCCCGUUCCCCUCACACCACUGAAUUCGACCUUUCCCAUUGAAAACCAGCGAUAGACCAGCUCCAUCACAUACAGGAGCUCGAUUACGCCUUGAAUACACGAACAACACUAUAGAAACAAAAGAACCAGACACAAAAACACUAUCACAAUGUCCGACGACGAGACCAAGGGAUCGGGAACGAUCUACUCCCGCAACAAGGAAGACACAAUCGAAGCCGAGACCCUCCUCUGGCGCGCAAUGUGCGACAGCAAGACAAAGCACCUGAAAAGAUACCUCGACAAGGAGGCCGUCCUCGCCCAUCCAGGCCAGAAGCCCUUGUCACCCAAAUCCAAGCCAACGCUCCAGGAGUACCUCGAGGAAGACUGGGAGCCAUGGACGGCGUACCGCAUGCACGACGACCCCGAGUUUGUCGAGAUUGACAUGAUGAGCUCCAGCCUCGUGUAUCGGGUCACCGCUUGGCGCCAGGAGGGCAAGAAGCUUGUUGCGACGGAGGGGAUUUGCAAUAGUGUUUGGAAGCAGGAGCCUGGUGGGGAUUGGACUUGCUGCUGCCAUCAUAUGAGCACUCUUUGAGCAUGGGAAUGAUGGACACGAGAAGAUUUGAUGCAAGGUUCACGGCCGAAGGGUGAUGCAUGGCAUGAAUGGAGAAGGGAAGAUCUGGGCGUUUUGUACGAGUAGCGGCAUGGCUCGCGGGCGCUAUUGUUCUGGUAUGAUGAUGAACUUUUCGUAAUAGCAUUUUUCUUGACUUGAACUUCCGCAAUUUUCUCGCCCUGAAUCUCGCAUGUGUGUGUUUUCACUAGCAAUGGAUUUUGCUGCCCUUCCCCGCAACACGUCUCAAUGGCAAGGCGCGUGCGCGCGAACUCAUGAAUUGCAUUAUCCAAGGUACUUGACUGAAUUGACUGUGAGUAAUCGCGACU